UCCUCCCCUUCACAUCUCAUUUCUCUCCACUGAAUCCUUCCCGCUGCACGGAGCUGCUGAGGAGCUUCAUGGUCCAUCCCUGGAUCCUCCAAGCACUGACUCCCACCCACUCUGACCACAGCCAGGGGGUCACAACGCACCACCUGCCCAGCGCCCACCCAUGAAGGUGAGCACCGUGUUUCCUCAUUUUUCCACACUGACUGAUGGUCCUGUCCCAUGUGAGAUUAGUGGCAGUGUCGUGAUCAUACAGAUUCUGAUACUACUCAUCUGCCUCUGUGGGCUGGCUGGGAAUGGGGCUGUCCUCUGGCUCCUCCACAUUAAUGCCAUCCCCUGCUUCAUCUUCAACCAGGCCAUCACUGACUUCCUCUUCCUCGUCUUCAUGGUCCCUUCCACCCUGCUCUUCCUGCACGAGGAAGUGUCCUGCUCCACUAUAAUGUCUCAGAUGUAUUUGAGCUUGCUUUUCCAGCUCUCCCUGUUCUCCUACAACAUGGGGCUGUACCGGCUGACAUUCAUCAGCUUUGUGAGGUGCAGAUACAUCCUCUGCCUGGUUUUCUGUGGUUGCCAACUUCCCCAGCGCCUGUUGUGGGUGGUGAUGACUACCCUUUCCUGGGCCUUCCUCUUUCUUGCCAUCAUUGUCAUUCCCAUGGUGACUUCCCUGUGCCAGUCACAGGAACAGGAGCAUUGUCAGGUGGCUCUCCUCUCCAUGUAUGUCCUCAAUUUCUUCCUGUUUGCUGCACCCAUGCUCAUUUCCAGCAUAAUUGUCUUCGUUCAUUUCAAACCUGGCUCCCAGCAGAGGGAACACAAGAGGCUCGACAUCGUCAUCUUCCUCGCUACACUCUUCAGUCUGCCCCUCAGUCUCUUGUAUUUACUGCAGCAGCUCGAGUACGUGUUUGUGUCCACCCAGGUGAUUUUUCUACUCACCUGCAUCAACAGCAGCAUCAAACCCUUCAUCUACUUCUUGGUGGGGAGCUGGAAGGAAGACUGCUCCUUGGGUGGCUGCUGGAGAGACUGCUCCAUCGACAGCUGCAGGAGUCACAUCUCCAUGCAGUCCCUAAGGGAGGCCCUCCAGAGGGUGUUUGAGGAGCCAGAAGAAAACACUUCCCCCAGUGAUGAAAACAAUGCGUCCAGUGAUGAAAACACUGACUCCAGUGAUGAAAACACUGCCUCCAGCAAUGAAAACACUGCCUCCAGCAAUGAAAACACUGCCUUCAGUGAUGAUGCCAUCAUGGGCACAGCGGUCUGAGCCUGUUGAUCCCCUCCGCUGCUCUGCUGAAGGACCCUGGGACAGUGGCUGAGGGAUUCUGCCACGGCGGUGUCAACGGCAGGGGUGCCGCGACUACCCUGAAGAAGCCGUCCUGAAAAGGACUGCCCAGGGGCACAGGCACGUCCUCUGCCCGGCGAGUGAUUUCAGCUCAGCGGCAGCAUGCAGGCAACACAGAAAGAGAGACUAGAGAGCUGUAUGGCAUUCCACUGAGAAAUAGCCUUUAUUAUAGCAGGGCCUUCUGUGAAGGGAGCCAGUGACAGCAGCUCGUCGAACUGGGGAGAAACCGGGGUAUUUAUAGAGGAGGAGAGGGGCGGGGGAAACUUGGAUACAUGUAUCGGGGUGGAUUGAUAGGGAAGGAAACCAAUGGGGUUUAACAAAUUAACAUGUUCAACUCUAGGGCCUCUGGGACUGACACUUUUUCUUUGCAUUAUAUAAGUGUCUCGCCUAGGGAGAAGCUCUCCAGGGGAGAGCCAGGACCUCUAAACUGGCCGGUUCCCUGGCCUCCACAACUCCCCCUUCUUUAUUUAAUAAAAAGGCAUCUCCCAGAGACCUAGUUAUCAACCUUUUGAAACAGGAGUACAUACAUAGAACAAUAAUGAUAAUUUAAAAAAAAUCCAAAAUAUGUUUUUAUGGAGGGAGGCAACACAUCCUUUGAGUCUCCAGCUUCUAAAAAAGGUCCUCGAACCAUUGGGGCUCUUUUUCAGCCUUGAGUUCCUGAACCGCAUGUUGGAGUCUCUGAAUGCAAGUGUGGAUGCCUUCACUGUGACUUGAUAGGUUGAAGCAGCACAAUCUAUCAAAUCCAGGGGCUGUGCUACUAGCCAGGCAUCCACAGCUGAUGUUUUUGGGAGCAUCCAGAUGGUCAGGAACUUGAGGAUGGUUUUGCUCUCCAUUUUCUAUAACAGAACAUAAAAAGAUUAAC